AUGCAGUCCUUGAUGGGCGGAACUCCCAUGGCAAACGCUCCAUCCAACCUCGGCGUCUCUGCCGGUCCAUCCGCUCCCUCCACUGCUGCCAUCUCGAACGGCCUCAAGCCCGCCAACCCACCACUCUACAGCAGCGCAGAGGCCGCAGCCAAUGCGCAGGGACUCGUCUAUCCUGCUUUGCACUUGCAUCCACUCAACGACACCUUUGCUCCCAAGCAGAUCAGCCUCGCCCCGCCAGGUCCCAACAACCGCAUCAAGAUCGGACGACAGACCAACGCAAAGACCGUCCCUAACCCGACCAAUGGCUAUUUUGACAGCAAGGUGCUUUCGCGUAUGCACGCCGAGGUAUGGAGUCAGAACGGCAAGGUCUACAUCAAGGAUGUCAAAUCCUCCAACGGUACCUUCAUCAACGGCGAGCGUCUCUCGCCAGAGGCUCAAGAGUCGGACGUCUUCGAGUUGCACAGCGAAGACAUGGUCGAGUUUGGUAUCGACAUUGUUGGCGACGAUAACAAGACCAUCAUUCAUCACAAGGUCGCCUGCCGCGUAUACCUUGUGUUGACUGCGGAAGACGCUCUCAGCCUGCGUCACGACUUUGCCAGUCUGUAUCGCGGCGGGAUGCACGGCGGCCCUCUUGGCAGCAACGGAGUUGGCCCAGGUGCAGAAGGUGGACUUCGAAGGACCAAAGCCGGUUUCAGCUUUGAUCAUGUCCUCAGCAAGUUGCAGAGCGAGUUGCAGAGGAGCAAAGAGCAAUGGAACGACCUCGGCAGCCUUAACGCAACCAUGAACGACAUUCACGAGACGCUGGGCGGCGGCGCACCGCCUCUCUCUUCCGCGCCCUAUCCGCACCUCGUGCCUCCUCUUCCCGGCGCGGUCAACCCGCAACAGCAACAGGAGCAGCAAGAACAGCAGCGCGCAAAGGACGCCGAAACACAAGCAGCCACCGAAGCACACUCUGCCACCAUCUCGGCGCUUCAGGCACAGCUCUCAGAAACGCAGUCCUCAUUGGCCGCACACGUCGAAAAGAUCCGCAGUCUCGAAUCCGUCCUCUCCGAGCAAGACUCGAUCAAGCGCGAAGUCAGCACCAUCAAAAUGCAGAUGGAAGAGGCCAGACGCGAGAUGGAUGCCGUCGCCUCGGCGUCUGGCUCCUCCUUCUCUUCAAGGCACGGCCUGAACGGCUUCGGAACCAUCCGCGGCGGAUCUAACUUUGGCCGCUCGCUGGAACACGACGACUUUGACGAUGGUGCCAGCGUGGCCAGCGUGGAGACAAUCACCCAGAGCAAUGACGACGAAGAGUCUAGCACACACCACCAUAUUGGACCCCGCGCACCGCCCGACAUGCCCGCUCACCUCCUGUCGGAAGACGCUGCUGAUCUCGAAUCUUCACGUGCACCCCAGGUGACAUCAGCACACAAGUUGGGCGCAAGCGCGGCCGAGGCUGCGUUAGCAUCGACCAACGACGAGCGAGAUGUCGAGCUUCGCGCACAGAACGAAGCGCUUUCAGCACGUCUCGAUGAGCUGGCUGCACAGCUCGAACAGGCUUUGGCGCUCAGUCGCGGGCUGCAGGAUCAGCACGCCCAGGUCACCGAUACGGUCAAGACUCUGGAGCAGCGCGUCCACUCUCUGGAGCAGGAGGUCGAGCAAAAGGCGUCUCCGGCAGCCCCGACGGCUGGAUCGUCGGAAGAGACGACAGCCGCGCUGCUCAAAGGCAUUGAGGGGCGUUGGACCGAGUUCCGCAGCGACUUUGAGGAGAGCUGGCGCAAGGAGCGCGAAGGCAUGCAGACGGAGCGGGACGAGCUUCGACAGGUGGUGCAGGCUUGGGACGAGGCCAAUCGUCGAAUGGAAGACGAACUCAACAGAGAUGCCUCUGGCGAAUCGGAUGAGCACGGCCAAGACGGCGGAAGCGUCACAGCACGUUCUCCGCAACUCGAUGCCUCGCAGGAGCACGGUUCGGCGUCCAACAAUGUAGCUGGACCCUCCUCGUUGCUGGCCAGCUCGUCUGCACCAAGCAGUCGCUCAAAGCGGGGCAAUGGCCGUCGCAACAAGCGCCACGUCAACAGCGCGCUGCGCUCCUUGCUCUACGGCAGCUCUUCUGCAGGACUCUUGCAUGAGGCAGACGCAAGGGGGUCGGAAGACGACGAGCGAUGGGGCCUCGGCUCGCGUGCAAGGCUGUCGCACUCGAGUCCAGACGACGAUGCUUUGUCCGCCAGUCACUCUGUGCGGAGCAUAGCCGACUCGACUUCGACCCGUCCUUCCACCUCGACCGAAGUGACCACACCGGACCUUGGGCCAGAGGCAACGAGAGGCGAUGCAGCCGGUUUGGAAACACCGCAGCUCAAGCAGAACCACGGCUUUUCUCACACACGUCAUGGCCGCGACGGCGGCGGCGACAACACCACCGGUCGGAGUGCCCAAGAGCGUGUCGUGGGUCCACAAACGCUAGCCGCUGCGGGCGUCGUCUUUGUUGGCCUCACAGCAUGGAUCUUGGCGGGCAAAGAUCUCGCUCGUUUGGGUGCGGCGCUCCCAGGCAAGCCUUAA